AUGAUAUUCAGGCUCGGGCUCGAUAAUUUAAUCCGGUUCAAUAUUUUCACGAUCCUACUCCUGAAAAAUUCAUUGAUUGCGAUAGGUGGAGUUUCUACCGUGGAAUAUCACUUUGAGGUUGAUGUAUUCAAGAAGUCUAAUGGGUCUUUCCAGAAGGCCUUGGUUAAAGCUGUCGAUGGAGCCUGUCCACACAAUGGAAAAUCUUCGGCCACAAAAUCCUCCUUUGGCGUUUUCUUUGGGCCUGAAUCACCACUCAACACAUACGACGUGAUUACAAGACCUCCCGGAGAGAAGUACACAAACAGUUAUGCUGAGCUAAGAUCGGCUUUUCAUGCACUCCAACUUGUCAAACAUAACAUCAAACUACGAGAUUGGAGAAAGAAGCACAUGGUUAGGAGAUUGCCAGUAAUUAUGAUGACGGACUCGAAGUACGUUCUCGACUGUCUUACCAAAUGGAUUGAGGGCUGGUUGCAAAAUAGGUUCAAGACUUUCGAAAGAAAGCCUAUCACCAAUACAGAUCUCAUCCUACGCAUCCACCAGUUGAUUGAACUCCUUUCAAACGACGAUAUUGACGUCCGGUUGUGGAGUGUUCCAAGGGAGCAGAAUCGUGGUGCUGAUGCAUUGGCUAAUCGAUCACUGCAAGCCAGCUUGCCCAUUGAACAAAACUCACCAAGCCUGCGAUACUUCCGAGGGUGUAUGCGUUCCUGUGACCUGCGAGUAAUGAAUUUAGCGAAUGACGUUGGUAUUCUCUCUCCAGAUAGAAAUCACAUGGAAAUGCAUCUUGGGGUCAUCAUCAUGUAUAUGGUAAUGCUGGAAAAGAUCGCGGAGAGAAUUUCAGGAUCCCUUUCGGGCCGGAUUGCAGCAGCGAUCAUCAUUAGAUAA